UGCGCCCACAUUUUCUAAGUUAACACAUCUCUUUUAACAACGGUAGUUUUUGCAUCCUGCUUCAGUCCUCUCCCCCUCCCCCUGCGCAGCAGCAGCAAACUGAUACACCUGCAGCCUCUCGGCGUUCCUGCUGCUCAUUAAAACACAUUAAAAUAAUUAUUUCAUUUUCUGUUCAUCACUUCUGAUUACCUUCAAUGGCGUCUGUUUGUUGCAACCACCAGGUACAAAAGCAAACUUGUUUUUAUUUGACUAUUUUUCUGUCCUGCCUGUUUAUUAUCUUCCUGCAUCUCCUCUCAAUCCUAAAGAGAAACUGCUACCUGGGUUCAUAUAUAUUCACCUCAUGAGUUACCUUUGAACCGCAAUUCUAAAAGAUCUACCGACCACAAAAACAGCGGAGUGCCGUUGCUCGCCGGCCAUUUUUGCUGCGGAGUUCGUGCCGAAGUGGAGAUAGUGGAAUCUUGGGGGUGCGUCACCAGAGAACAAAACAGGUGAAGAGCCUCGCUCCGCAGCAGCGAAACGCAUCAGGCACAAAUAACAGACAGAAAACAUGAAAGGAAAUGAGCCGACAUGAACGAUCGCGUGCUAAAUUUGUUUUUGAGGUGGUGACACCUGAUUUGGCGGUGCUCAGGACGCAGAUUGAGCGCGUCAACGAUCAGAGCUUUGCAUGCGCAAACUGGUUAAGAUUAGGAUGGGGGUGAGGGGAAGGUAAAAUUGCAAGAGGGAAAAGGUCACAGUUUGGAUAAAUGUCCGUUUUACCGCCGGUGUCAGUACCGACGCUCUGGCACAGCGUGUCGCCUCAGCCUCCCGACGCAGGGGCUCAUCACCUGCUGGAGGACUGCAUCUUGUCAGUCAUUAUCACGUGACAGCGACUAGUCGAUGACAGGCAUAAAAAGUCACUACAGAGCCGUGAAGUCGACUAGUCGACUAGUUCAUACAACCCCUAGUGUGCAGUGUUAAGAGGGAAGAGAGGGAACAAAGUAGCUGGAGUGUGUAAAACGGAACUAAUGGUGGCAUUAAACACUGACCCUGAUAGUUCACGGCUAUCGUCCACCCUUGAGUGAAAACAGCUUUACAUCCUCUCUAGUCUCUCAUCCCAUCUAACACUUUAUAAAUAAACUGAACUGAACUAAGAACAUCAGGAGGGAUGAAAUAAUUUGUUCCUCCAGAGAACUGAUUGUUGAAUUCCAGUAACAGAUGGAUCAGUUUUCUCUUUGUCCCUAAAAACCUGCAGCUGUGUGAUUCCAGCUAAAUCUGCUCUGUUGAUCGUUUCCCUCAGAUCUUCAACAGUUUCUCUUUCCACUGUUAUUAGUCUCAUUCUGUCACCUUUUGACCUGAACCUGUGUUCCACACAUCGACAUAUAUACUGGACAAUGGGUUUCCAUAGUCUCCAAUAAUAAGUUUUUUGUCUGAAAUGGGAGGUGGCCACCACCGCCAUUUUGACCGUGUCACAGGUUCCGUCCAGCCCAGACAAUUCCAUAAAAGGGAAGAGAGGAGGCGCUGAGGGUGCGGCUGUAAGGCUGGGAUCGACUGAUGACACCCGGUCGAACUAGCUACAAGCUAACCUGAAGCUAACCCUGGCUAACCCAAAGCUAACGCGGAGGUGGGAGCCGAGCUAACGGAUGUAGCCACCUAGCUACAACCCAACCGGAGCUAACUAUGGAACACCCAUCUACCUGAACCUCACACAAAGUUUAGGUGGAGGUUUUCGGUGCUUUUUCGUGAAAAGUACCUGGAUUAAAAAAGUAUUAAAUCGGUAAGUUUAUAAUUUAUUUCCGUAAUGAACCCAUAUUUUGCUUUGAGCAAGUUUUCAGUUCCAUAUUUUCCGGGCAAUAAGUCGCUCCUGAGUCGCACCAGCCAUUAAAUGUAUAAUCAAGAAGAAAAAAUAUAUUUAAGUCGUAUUUUGGGUGGACAUUUUAUUAUUUUUCUUACAAAAUCUGAGACCAAGCGUUAAACAUUGCAAGACAAGCACCGGUAACCAUAACAGAAUGAACAACGCGGGCGCAGCAGCGCGCCAUGGUCUCCAGCCAGCAGAGGAGAGGAUGGUGGUGUUUCAAACCCUCCCAGCAGGCGAGGAGAGCUCAUUCCUGGGCUGGAGCUGGCCCUCAGCACCCCGCCACAGGCUACAGCAGAUGCUGGUGGUGUUUGAAACCCUCCCAGCGGGACAGGGGAACUCAUUCUUGGGUCGGAGUCGGCCCGCAGCAGCGCGGUGUAGCCUACAUAUUUUGUUAUAUAAGUCGCUCCAGAGUAUAAGUAGCAGGACCGGCCAGACUGUAAAAAAGUGCGAGUUAUAGUCCGGAAAAUACGGUAGUUAUUAGUAUUUGAGAUAAAUUAUCAGGCUAAAUACAUUUCAUAUAUUUCCAAAAUGUGAUACUUGUUUGUAUCUUGUACAGCCAACUAGCCUUUACUCUGGACUCAGUACAAUUCACCAAAAGUAAAGAGACAUUAUACAGAUGAAGUAAGCACAAGAUAACUUACUGGAAGAAACAGAAUUAUUAUCAUGAGAACCAGAACAAGAGAGCCUGAUAACAGUCAUGUGAAAAUAACAGUUAACUCACUGUGAUCCAAACAAUAAAUCAGCCAUAGCUGAUUAGCAAUCAUGAAAUGAGGUCUGGGAGUUUUUAAGUUUCAUUCUUUUAUUACAUUUUUUUCUUAGAUCUGUUAAAAGGUCACCAUGGCAGCCUGUGUGUCUCCAACAUCAGCUACACAACGCAGCAAGUCCACUUGGAUCAUCGGUGACAGCUACGUGAGGCGUGGUGCCCAGAGAGCUGCAGAGACCCUCGGAGACAACCUUGGCCUCCCUGACGUCUGUGUCUCCUGGUUCGGUUGGGGCGGACUGAGGUGGAAAGACCUUCUCCCCUUCUUUUUCCACUCCCUGCAUGGAAGAGCAGCUCCUGAUGUCCUCAUCAUCCACUGUGGCGGCAAUGACAUGCGGGUGGUCAGCAGUGUGAAGCUGGUCACCAUGAUGAAGGAGGACCUGCACCGGCUUCACCUUCUCCACCCAAAUAUGACCAUCAUCAUGUCGUCCAUCACCCAAAGGUGUAGAUGGAGGGCAGGUGUAAAACCUGCCAAAAUUGAGAAGGCCAGGAGGUUCGUCAUCAGUGUAAUGGCUACUUUUAUUUCUAGUUUAAAUGGUGCCUUUGUUGUGCAUUCUCACCUCAGAAACGAUAUUUUUGUCAGACAGAGUUCAUUUCACAAAUAGGGGAAAUUAUAUAUUUUUAACUAAUAUUGCCGAUUGUCUUAAAGGCCAGCUCCAAAAGCAGUGAAAGACUUCCAGGUGGGAGUCUUGCUGCUUUUGAAUUUGGCCUUUAGGACAGAUUUAUUUUCAGGCAAACAGGAUAAACAUAUCCCUGACUGUUCUAGCUAAUGUGUUGAUGAUGUAAUUUAUCUGUAGCCAUUACACUGUUGAACUGUUCUUCCUUCAAACCACAAUGUUGCACUCACUCUGCAGCUCUCUGGGCCCAGUUUAUAAUUUUAAGUUUUUUUAAUGUGCCGACACUUUGUGCCCUGUUGUUUUAUAAAAUGCAGUAGAAAAAAUUAAAUGUUUUUGCUCAAUUACUGGAAUUUCUUUGGUUAAGACAAAAAAGUGAGGAAUAAUCAUUUACAAGUUAUUUGUACAACAGGCCCAUUUUAAAUCCCAACAGUUUCUUAGCAGCCAAUAGAAAUGUGUUCUUUACUAACUUUACUUGGUUUAAAAAUCUUACUAAAAUAAACAGAGUGCCAUAUUGCAAAACCCAAUCAUACUUGUUAUGUAAAUAUUAGCUUUGUAGAUAUUUUUUACAGAUAUAUAUUUGUGUGCAACAAAAACCAAACAAAUAAUUUGUCAUUCUUUAUUGAAAAACAACAAAAUACAGGUAUACAGAAAGUGUGGGAAAAUGAUAAUGUGAAAGUAUUGCUCUUUACAUGUAAUACUAUUUAUCUUUAAAAAGAAAAGCUCUAAAAAUGUCCUGUACAGCAGCAUGACAGAAGAAUGGUGGUCUGUCUGUCAGAAUGUGCUGAACAGAUUUGCUCCAUCAAGAGGAGCCUUAAUGUGUACGAGGUUCCCCUUGAGUAAUAUUGGUUUGGGUUAUGUAUCGCCACAUCAGCAUGUAAAUGCUGAACCAAUCUGGAAUAAAGACUGUUGAUAGAGGAUAAACAAGUAAAUAAGAGGAAAAAUUAAUACAACUAGGAAACCAACAUAAAAAACAGCAACCAGCAGCUGCACCUGUGAAGAAACAUUUCUAAGAAUCAUCAAGAAAACGUGGGAUGAACAACUAUAAACAUGUAAACCAUGAACCACAAACAUCAUAAACAACAAACAUCAACAAGCAUGUGUUCGUGCGUGUGCUGGAAUGUGAAGUGUUAGACCGCCAAGGAACAGGUGCACUCUGGAACGGCCCCAAGCGCCAGAAAACCUUGCAACAGAGAACUCAGCAAGGCCACAUCCAGAACCGGGCUGACACAGGUCAUGGGCCACAGGACACAGGAAUCACACAGCAUUUCCACCUGAAACAGAAUCAUUAAAAUUAGAAACAAAUACAACAGUUGUUCAGUAUGACAUCAAAUGGAUUUUUAAAGAAGGCAAUUGGACUUCUUAGGUUUCAUGAAUAUAGGAGGGUUGAUCUUAAGCCUGAUUCAUGCUUCUCCUGCGUCAGUGCUGAGACAUGCAACUCCAUUAUCCGUCCUUGGUAUGGCAUACAGACUUCUAACAUCAAGCACCAUCAAAAAAACUCACCGAGCUGCAGUAUUUCUCCGGUCAGGUCAUGCUUGGGGAGGAAUUAUGACACGUCUCUAAAUAAAUUAAAAAUUUCUAGUGCAGAGUGGAGCCAACCCCAUAGAAAAACUGAUUUGAUCUCAUUUAAGAGAAAAAUAGAACAGGUCAGAUGCACCUAAUAAAUAAAAUUACUACCAAACUCAGGAAUCUGUUGCUUCACUGUUCUGGUGCUGAAAAUAUCACUAAUGUGGAUCAAAGGAGAUACACAGAUGAAUGCACCUCCUAUUUAUUAUUUGGAGACUACAUUUACUGCAGCUGGCAGAUGCAGAGAUUGUUUCUAUUGAUACACAGAGUUUACAGAAUCUUUUUAAAUGUUAAUAGGGGAAGACUGCAGGAGGGAGCGGUAAAAUACAGGGGGUCCCCAGCAAAAACAAGAAACUUUACGAGUCUGAUGAAACCCGCUGGUGUUCCUUCAGGCAGGCCCGGUGGCAGCUCCAACGACCCAGUGGCUGUGCUGGGUCCAUGUUAUCGAGCUCAGUCCGGCUCGGCAGAGGGUAAAUGAGCCGAGGAUGUGGGAUUUAAGGGAAACCCUGUAUGCCCUAUAGACUUCUGGAGACUGACAUCCAAAACUAUCAAACAACUCACCGAGCUGCAGUAUUUCUCCGGUCAGAUCUGUCUCCGAGUCAGAGAGCUCCACGAGCGGUCAGCCCGCGCAGCAGCUAGGCGCCGCAUCAGUCAGAUAUGCACCGGCCUGACCGCUGGGGAGUACCGGAUGGAAGAAUGGAACACAGAAGUGUCCCUCCAAGCGCUCCGUCAUAUUUCAGCGAUUUCAACCCAUUUUAUGUUAAAUGCACUGGGUUUUACCCAUCGACAUAUGCCCUAUUAAUUAUUUUACCGUAUUUAACAUCUAAAUUUCAUGGUUAAACAGUACAUGCUACAUGUUAAAAUGAUAGUUAGCUAGCUACUUCGAUAAACUCAGCUAGUUUAAAGGUGGCAGUGACCUAAAAUACAUACAUAUAAUUUAACUUACCACAAAAAAAAUUAAGUGGAGACUCCUUGGAUGCUCUAUUAGUGCAAUUAAUGCCACAGCAAGUCAUUUUGUCCAACAAUUGCACAAAAAAUAUCCAAAACAGAAUUCACAAGCACAGAGACUCAAAAUCCCGGAGCAGUUUCCAGGAGAGACCGAGGCUGUACUGAGGCCUUUCCACGGAGCUAGCUCUGUGGUCACGUGGGUCUGAUGCUCAUUAAUUAUACAGAAUUUUAGGCUUUUAAUACACUUAAACAGAAGAGUGAGAAAAAAAUUCAGCCCCCUCAGAGUUGUCAUGAGUGUAAACUAGAUAAUUUAGACAAAAAACAUGUUCUGGUACCAGGCUGUAAACAUGUUUAUUUCUGCUGUGACAUUGGUAUUUUUAACAUGGGAGUCAAUGAGGAUUUGCUAGCUUUUGACACCAGCCCCCAGCGGAUGAGGGUGGAACUGCAAUUUCUGGUGCUUCCGGGUUGGGACCAAUUUUAGAGCCGCAUUGUGGGGGCUUGUUUCCAGGCGAGGCGCACUGCGCAGCUCAACUCGAACACGGCCAAUGUUUGCCGUUUUAUUUCUUAAUGUAUUCCGUGCAUUUCCCGUCCUGACAGAGGAGCCUCCACCGGAAGCAGCCUGACAGUGGAGGUCUGCAGCCAGGUGCUUUUGGAGAGAGGAACAAAAAACAUUACGACAAAUAUUUUGUCUACAGACCUCCAACUAUUUCUGGGAUUCCAAUCACAGAUAAGAAAUGUAAUAAUUCUGUUAUUAGAAAAGCAAUUUAUCCUGUCUCAACCCCGAUAUGUAAACACCGAUGGACUUUGAUGAAUACAAAACUCUGGAACAGGGUCUUUCUGCUACCUCACCAAUAUGUCAUUGUGAAUAAGAUAAAAGAAGUUUUAUUCAAAAUUGUUCAUAGAUAUUACCCGUCAAAAGCAAACAUCUGUAUUUUUUUUCCAAAUGUUUCUGACAUCUGUACUUUUUGUGGUUGUAAGGGAGAAACUAUUGAACAUGUUUUUGUUGAUUGCUUUCAUGUAACUUUGUUUUGGUUCCAUUUACAAAGAUACAUUUCCAGAAAGUUACAAAAAUAUGUUUCUUUAAGCAAAUAUGAAAUACUUCUCAUUGUUACUAACCCUCAUUUAUCAUCCAAUGAAAAAUACAUAAUUAACUUAGUCAUUAUUUUAGCAAAAUAUUUUUUACAUAAAAUGAUUUUUCAGAAAAGUAUCCCCUCCUUCUAUAAUUUCAGAAUUACAGACCUUAUGAAAUAUUGGAACAGCAUUGAAAAAUAAAAAAAAGAACAAUAAACUAACAAAGACCAUCAACUUAUUUCAUCAUUUCAACUUAGACACAGCAGACCCUAAGUGUUAUGUUUCUAAGUUAUAUAUGUUUUCUUCAAUCUUUUGUUUAUUUCUUGUUUUUUGUUUAAUAGUUUCCUAAUGUUGCAUGUAUGUUAUUGCAAUUGUAAAAAACUGUAAAAUGUGAUCCAUGGAUACAUUGAAUGUAUUUUCUGAAUGUAUUGACAACAAGUUAAUAAAACCUGUUUAAAAAAAAUAAAAAUAAAAUAUUUUGUCUAAAAAACCACCAGCGGAAGUUGUGUAUGAGAGCCAGGUGUGUUUUAUUCUGCUCCAGCAGGUGGCGGUAGUGCACCUUUACGCUGGUCAUCGACCACCGGAAAAAGCAGAAACCGGAAGCUGCUAGCGGAGCUAGCUUGUUGUUGUGGUGUGUGAGGAGAACAUUUGAGGCUCUGCAGUAAAAACGUCUUCACUUCAGUCUCUGGGAGAGUUGAUCAGCUAAAGCGACUAACUGCUGCUGCUGCAGAAAUCUUCUCACCAGGCUGUGGAAACUUUCUUCUCCUCCUCAACAACUUGGCGGAGUUCUUUCCAGAACCAGAGAAGAUAUUCUGCGGUCUUCGUGACAAUCGGAGCUCCAGAAUCAGGUUGUGGCUGUUAGCUAAACACGGCUAAAGAAAACCUGCUACCACUUCAGGAUCAUCCAUCAGCUGGGACGGAUUCAUCGUGUGUUCUUCACCACCUGGACCUGGACAGCAUGGACACAGAUGUUCCACAGCUGGUGCUGGUUAAAGAAGAAGCUCCUGAAGAACAGAGUGCUGGUGUGGACCAGCAGGACCCAGAACACCUCCACAUAAAGGAGGAACAGGAGGAGCUCUGGACCAGUCUGGAGGGAGAGCAUCUCUGUUUGAAGGAGGAGACUGAAGCUGUCGGGUCUCCUGUUACUGCUGUUUCUAUAAAGAGUGAGGAUGAUGAGGAGAAACCUCUGGUCUCACAGCUUCAUCAGCAGCAAAUAGAAGACAGAGAUGUUCCAACCAGCAGCUCAGCUGACCAGAUGGCAGCAGAAACUGGUGGAGGAGCAGGAACUAGCAGGAACCCAGAUCUGAACCCUCAUGAACAAACAUCUGGUUCUUCAGAGACUGAAGUUAGUGGAGAUGAUGAUGAUGAUGAUGAUGAUGAUGAUGUGAAUCUGGACUCUGAGCUGUCAGACUCUGGGUCUGAAACUGGAGAUGAAGAUGAUGACUGGAAUGAGAGCAGGUCUUCUGAGUCAGAUGUUUCAAGGAAGAGAGAAGAAACGGAUGAGAAACCUCUGCUCUUACAUUUCCACAACCAUCAAAUGAAAGACGGAGGUGUCCCAACCAGCAGCUUGGCUGGGCAGAUGACAGCAAAAGUUGGUGGAGGAGCAGAAAUUAGCAAGAACCUAGAUCUGGACCCUAAAGAAAAGACAUCCGAUUCUUCAGAGAUUGAAGUUAGUCGAGAAGAUGAAGAUGAUGUGAAUCUAGAUUCUGAGCGUUCAGACUCUGGGCCUGAAACUGGAAACGGAGAUCAUGGCUGUAAUGAGAACAAGUCUUCGGGGUCAGAUAUUAGGACCGUCAACAAAUCAUUUAGCUGCCCUGUGUGUGGUACACGGUUCCUCCACCAGUGGUCUCUUCAGGAACAUGUGAGAGUGACAAGUCAUUCAGCAGUAAGGUCUUCAGAGUGUUCGGUUAAUACAAAAUGUGUGAAAGAGAAGCAACAUGGAGGCUCAUGUAGAAAAGUCCAGAAAGAACCAAAAUCAUUUAGUUGUGAUGACUGUGGAAAAAGAUUUAGCCAAAAGUCCAGUUUAACCCGUCAUAUGAGAGUCCACACCGGGCAAAAGCCUUUUGCCUGUGAGCUCUGUGGAUACAGAUGUACCUAUAAGGCAAGUUUAAACACACAUAUGAGAGUCCACACAGGAGAUAAGCCGUUUGCCUGUGAGCUCUGUGGAUACAGAUGUAGCCAUAAGGCAAGUUUAAACACACACAUGAGAGUCCACACAGGAGAGAAGCCUUUUGCCUGUGAGCUUUGUGGAUACAGAUGUACCCAUAAGGCAAAUUUAAACACACACAUGAGAGUCCACACCGGGCAGAAGCCUUUUGCCUGUGAGCUCUGUGGAUACAGAUGUACCCAUAAGGCAACUUUAAACACACACAUGAGAGUCCACACAGGAGAUAAGACUUUUGCCUGUGAGCUCUGUGGAUACAGAUGUACCCAUAAGACAACUUUAAACACACACAUGAGAGUCCACACAGGAGAUAAGCCGUUUGCCUGUGAGCUCUGUGGAUACAGAUGUACCCAAAAGGCAAAUUUAAACACACACAUGAAAGUCCACACAGGAGAGAAGCCGUUUGCCUGUGAGCUCUGUGGAUACAGAUGUACCCAUAAGGCAACUUUAAACACACACAUGAGAGUCCAUACAGGAGAGAAGCCGUUUGCCUGUGAGCUCUGCGAAUACAGAUGUAGCCGUAAGGCAAAUUUAAACACACACAUGAAAGUCCACACAGGAGAUAAGCCGUUUGCCUGUGAGCUCUGUGGAUACAGAUGUAGCCAUAAGGCAAGUUUAAACACACACAUGAGAGUCCACACAGGAGAGAAGCCUUUUGCCUGUGAGCUCUGUGGAUACAGAUGUAUCCAAAAGGCAAAUUUAAACACACACAUGAGAGUCCACACCGGGCAGAAGCCUUUUGCCUGUGAGCUCUGUGGAUACAGAUGUACCCAUAAGGCAACUUUAAACACACACAUGAGAGUCCACACAGGAGAUAAGCCUUUUGCCUGUGAGCUUUGUGGAUACAGAUGUACCCAAAAGGCAAGUUUAAACACACACACGAGAGUCCACACAGGAGAUAAGCCUUUUGCCUGUGAGCUCUGCGAAUACAGAUGUACCCAUAAGGCAGGUUUAAACACACAUAUGAGAGUCCACACCGGGCAGAAGCCUUUUUCCUGUGAGCUCUGUGGAUACAGAUGUACCCAAAAGGCAAGUUUAAACACACACACGAGAGUCCACACAGGAGAUAAGCCUUUUGCCUGUGAGCUCUGCGAAUACAGAUGUACCCGUAAGGCAAAUUUAAACACACACAUGAGAGUCCACACAGGAGAUAAGCCUUUUGCCUGUGAGCUUUGUGGAUACAGAUGUACCCAUAAGGCAAAUUUAAACACACACAUGAAAGUCCACACAGGAGAGAAGCCGUUUGCCUGUGAGCUCUGUGGAUACAGAUGUACCCAUAAGGCAACUUUAAACACACACAUGAGAGUCCAUACAGGAGAGAAGCCGUUUGCCUGUGAGCUCUGCGAAUACAGAUGUACCCGUAAGACAAAUUUAAACACACACAUGAAAGUCCACACAGGAGAGAAGCCUUUGUCUGUAAGCUGUGUUGACAAAGAUUUAGCCAAAAGACAAAGUUAAAGAGACAUACGAGCAUCCACACAAGGCUCGAGGGAUUUAUUUAACAACAGUACUUCCAAAUGUACUAUUUGGUUUUUUUACAACCUUAAUAUUAGUCUUGUACCUCUGCUCAACUAUCGUUGAUCGGCCCUUGAGUCACCUCUUCUUUUGAUUUUCAUUUUCAAAUCUCCUUUGUUUUUUAAACUCAGACCUUAACCAAACAUUUGAGAUGUUCAUUCAUGAAUUCUGAAUACAAAAAAAUUAUUACUUAAAGAUUAAGAAAAAACUGUUAUACCCUCCUGUAUUUAAGAAACAUACAAGAUAACAGACACAUGAUGGUUGUAGUACAUAACCCACUGCAGUUUAAAGCUGUUAGAUACCGGUGGCGUCUGCUUUAAACAAUUUAUCUGUAUAUAAAAUAAUAGCAUACAAUGUUGUAAUAACUGCAGCUUAAAAAUAAUGUGUCUUUAUUCAUUUGGAGCCCCUAAGAAGAAAUCCCACCUUAAAGGCCGUGGAGAGACAGCUGGGACUGUUGUCAAGAAGUCAUAAAUUACAAGGCGGCUCUGUGGAGACUCCAUUCUCCUAUAAUAGUAUUUUACUAUUCUAAGCAGCCUUAGGAAUGUGCCUGUACCAGAGUUUUUAGGGAUGUUCUUACAGAGUUAUAAGCAGUGGACAGAUGCUGGAAAGACAGAACCGCUUUUGGGCUGCAUGGUUCUCCACCGGUGUACCGAUGCUUGUAUUAACAUGGACUAGAUUGUAAUAAACCGGUUAUCUUUUUUAACUCAAACUUUGCCAUGAUUGAGUCAUAGAACUCCAAGAAACAGCUCAGCAUGAAAAUUAACCACAUUCCCUUUAUUUCUGAUGACACAACUAAUCACUGCUGGUGGACGAUUAAUCACAGACACUUAGCACUUCUGCAUGCGUUCUGUAUUCAGUGUGAACGAGGCUUCACGCCCUCUCUCAGUAGCGCAGCAUCGUGCGUGUUGCGUAAUUUUUAUAUUACUCCCAUAUUACCUCAAAGAAAGUUUAGAGCACACACAGAGGGAUUUGAUUGAUAAUUUGGUAAAUUGUAAUCCUGCCAACAACAAACAACAACAAAUACUUUGCAAAGGGUGAGAGAAAUCAAAUACACACCAGAGACGGAGGUCAGUUUGCUCUCACCCUUAGGCAAAGCCUUGGAGCUCCUUUUAUUUAGGAAGGCACAGCCAGAAGUUACAGAUAAACCCACACACACAAUUCUUCAGAACCAGCUGACCGGGGUAACCUAAUCAACAGAUUUUUGGACCUUCAUCUGUUCUCAGGAAGUUACAGAUAACAGGAGGGUGAUCAAAUAGGUCAUUCUUCACCACUCUAAAAUGUAAAAUAAAAUCGAUGACCCUCCAUUUAAAGGAGACAUAACAUGAAAAACCCACUUUUUUAUCCAUUAACACUGUGUUUCACAUUUUAAGUGUCUAAGUGAGCAAAAAGGCUUAUAUUAUUCACUGGAGUUGCUAUUUAGAUAUUUAUUAAUUAAGUUUUGGGCAUAUUUGUCCACCUGUUCAGUUUUUACAUUAUCUAUUACAUCAGUAAUUAAUUUAGUGAGGAUAACUACCAAAUAUGGUAAUGGCCCUCGGCUAAACACAGAGCCAAUCCGCCAUUUUUUCUUCUCGCUAAGAUUUUUUGUAGUCCUAUUGGAAAAAUGCAGAAUGUCUGGUUAUUUUAGCCACACACAGCUCAAAACUGUUCCUCGUUUUAAGGAAGGGUGGUGUGGCAGUAUUUAAACCCAGGAGCUGAUGACACUACUGCUAAAAAACACAGAAGAAAAAGUAGUGUGUUUGUGUUUGUGUUUGUGUGAGUGCGCGCGCGUGCGCGUGGUUCGUUCGUUCGUGUCUUCCGGCUAGUAAGUACUGACGGCUUCAUCUAUCUAAAAGGAGUCAUUUUUAUCUGAAUGUGGCAGCACCGGGACACAGCAGCAGAGCGGUAAGCUUCAUAUCACUCUAAAAUGUCGACAAACUUUACUUUAGAUUUACGGGCAUUAGCAGCACUAAAGCGUUAGCAUCCGGCUUGCUAUCGCUAGCACAGUAUGCUAGUAAAGUUAGCACCCAGAUUAAUGUGGAUUUGGCAGAUUUUCGUGGAAUAAAACGUGAUUUCUGAUCAACGCCUUCUUUUACACCAGAUGAUAACCUCCCACUGAUUGUAACAGCAGAGAGCCUGUGUGUUAUUCUACGUGAGUGUGAUGUAAUCUUAGCAUCCAGUAAAUAAAGUCCCAUAUCAGCUUAAAUGCAGCGUGACAAAGUCAUUAAAGUGCGUCAACACAGUGGAUUUAAUAGAGUAGUAAGUCUGUCUGCACUGCUCUCUAAUGAACUUCCUUUCAUAAGGAAUCAUUCGUAUAAUUUUAGUGUCACUAUUUUAUUACAUUUGUAAGAAUAUGAAGUCACUGCAGCAAAGUGAACUUGUGAACAAACACAAACGUAACUAUAAACAUGAAAGCUAAAGAAACGACUUUCCUAAAGCUGCUUGUAAACAAAAUAUGUCAUUAAUGUUAUCGUCUAUCAUUGCAGAAUAUGGCGAUGACAUCAUGGAACUGGUCUUUGGAAAAGUUUUCUCUGAACCAACUCCAUUUCUAGAUGAGGUAGAGAAGAUCUGCAUCUCACCAACCCUCUGAUCUCAGUAUUCAGACAACGGAGGUCUCCCACUGUUAUCCAGGACCAGUUUGAAGCCCACAUACUGCCCCUCCCUCAUCAUCAGGAAACAUCAAUCCGUAUCCUGAGGACAACAGAAGACGGCAGGAGGACAGGAACUCUGAGACCUAGACACCACCAGCACCGGGACACAAAGCACCUGUGUGCACAACGCCUGUUUAACUACUAAAGCCUGUUUAUUAUAUUGUUCUACUUAUUUGCUGUGAGGUUAAUACUUAGAAAAUUUGUAUAUUAAUGUAAACAAUAAAAAAAAAUCACUGAUUGUAUGUUUUCUUUUAGAUGUAAUGGUCCAAACUCCACCUUGUAGACAUUUAUUGCAUCCUGUAGGUAAAUACACAGAACAGGCUCAGAUCCAGGAUGACCCAGCAUGCUCUUCUUCCAUUCUGGCUGUUAGGGAUUUUAUCAAUAACUCAAUGCCUACUGAUGUUUUCACCUAACGGUAUUUAUUUAGAAUGCAGGUAAGAUUUAACUAUAUUUGUUAGCAAAGCAGACUGAUCUUGGGAAUUUCACUGCAGCACUGAUGUCCACCUCUCUGUACACAUUAGAGAGAAUUACCACUUUACAGCUAAACACAUUUAAUAAAGAUAUAGGCUACGCAUUGCAGACAAUAAAAACAAAGUUGUAAGCAUUAGAAUUAUAAUGAUCACAUUAAAGAACAUUUGGAGGAAUGUUCUUUAUUUUUGACUCGAAUCUCAAAUCUUUAAAUUAAAAUGUAACUGCUUUUUAUCCAUUUUCAGCCAUUAAGACACCCAAUAUUAAAUAAGACUACUUAUAAAAUUAUUUAUAAUUAUAUGUAUGUAUAUAUAUAGAUAGAGAUCUUAAUAAAAUGUAUUCUUUUAAUGGUGUUUUAAUGAGCUGUAUCAUUUUUUAAAACAUUUUUUAUAGAAAUAAAUAAGCAAGCAGCA